AUGCAUGUCGGGCAUGAGCUUUUCUUGUGGCUUCUGUGGGAAGCUGGCGCGCUGCCGCAUGCCGAAAGCCCACUCCGGGGACCCUGCAUGGCACCGUGGACGCUUGCAGGGUUGGGGCACUGCGAAGGCGACGUGCAUGCCGAUGUGCACUUCCAGCCUUUGCGAACGUGGUUUCCGGCUUCACUCACAACUUGCAUUCGCAGCUGUGAGGACGCUGGCCGCAGUUGUGCUUAUGCAUCUUUCAAAGAUGACAACCUUUUCAAUCGUGAGGAUGAGCGAACGGGUCUCUGCCUUCUUGCAGGCCACUGUCCUGUGCUUCGUGCCACGAGUUUUGGCGCUGCGACAUUCACUCGCAGAAAUGUUCUUCACACGCCGGAACACGGUGGCCCAAGACGUCCUGGGCGCGAUUGGGUGACCUUGGCUCCCGCAGAGCCUUACUGUUCGCCGCGCUGCUCCAGCACGAGGCUGUGUGCAACUUCAGAGACCGUGACCGUAGCAGAGACUUGCAACUCACUGAUGGAUGGUUUGUUCCGAUUGCAUAGUGUGGCCGAAACAUCAACAUUGCUAUCGCUGGAGAUUGUCACCAGUGACGAGCUGUUGUUAUGUGGGCGUGGUGGUGCAGUACAUGCGGCAGCCACCUGCCAAACCUCCUGGGAGCUUGUGUACGAUUUUCCUGCAGACGGAGAGACCGAAGAGAUUUGGCUGCCCUGUGCUCAACUGCGGUAUGCCGGGCGCUUCUUGGCCGUGAGUUUCGAUGGAAGCCUAGUGCUGCAAGAAACAAGCAGUUCCUGCUGGGCAGUAGGCUUCGAGCAGAGGCGCUUGAAGGAUCAGUUGCUGCAUCGCUUGCCUGAAGUCUAUGACGUCAACAUGCACGAUCACUGUGGGGAGGUGCCGAGCUUGUGGGUGCAGGCAUCACCAGCCUUUCACUACAUGCUGCAGGAAUUCCUUUCCACGCUGCAGCAUGCCGGCGACCCUGUCAGGGUCUGUGUCCAGUGGAUGCACGAUAUGAAAGAUGUGAGCAGACAAGGAUUCCAUAUGGUGCAAGGAGCCAGUUUUGUGGAUUUCCAGUUCCAGAAGUUGAUGCUGCAGAUCGAGUCUGAGUUGGUAGCCUCUUUAGCACCUGCAACACAGCAGACUGUGAUUUUCUCAGAUUUGGACGUGGUUGUUUUUGGAGGUUGGGUGAAUGCCCUGUUGGAGUGCGUCACUGGACAAAGCGCAGCAGAUGUUUGCUUCACACAGCGGGGAGGCUUUGGCACUAGCAAGCAGCAGCUCGUGAAUUCCGGGGUGUAUGCUGCACGCAUGGGAAAUGGAGCCAGUAUUGCGUGUCUGUUAGCUGUGGCGGCGAGACUCCAAAACCAGGACCUGGUUGGUGCCGUUCGGACUAAUCAACAAAUUCUGAAUUUCGUCCUUCGCGAUGUUGCGCGUGCUUUGAAGACAUCGAAAGCAACAAAGCCUUUGCAGUGGGGCAUCUACAACCCAUUGUUGGCAUUUUCAGGUUUCGCCGUAACAUCGACAGUUCUGGGGAUAAGACUGCAGCACGUUACCGGGUCCACGGUAUCCUCAAAGGACAAACUUCGCAUGAUGGACGCUGCAGUGCUCCUGCGCCAUGACCUGGAGCAACUCUGUCCUCUCUACACCGUCCGCGGGCGCGUCGCGUUUAUCGGUCCGCUUAGUAUUUACUGCUACCCGCUGCUGGCCGUCGACCCUCACUUCGGUCAUGUUGUGCAGCCGUUUAAGGUGCUUCAGGGCUUCGGAGGCGAGGACCUUGAACUCCUGAUGGAGGCGUUGCAGACGGCGAGCCGGUUCUGGUUCAAUCAGUGGUCAGUGCUCCUUGACCGUUUCAAUGGGGAAGGAGGGUAUCGACAUUAUCGGCAAGCACGACGGAACUCGUCGAGGUAUAUUUGUGCUCAAAUGUUUGGAAGGUCUUGCCAGCGUUGA